AUGGUUAAAGGAACCCAGGCUGUAGGAUCAGGAAUGGUUAAAGGUACCCAGGCUGUAGGAUCAGGAGUUGUCAGCGCUGCCGAAACCGUAGGAUCUGGAGUUGUCAGCGCAGCGGAGUCUGUAGGAUCAGGAGUUGUCAGCGCUGCAGAAACUGUGGGAUCUGGUGUUGCUGCAGUGGGAAGUGGUGUUGUGAAAACUGGAGAGGUUGUUGGUUCCGCAGCUGUUAGCGGGGAGACGGUUGACGAGGAGGCUGAGCUCCAGGUGGGGAUGAUGCUGAAGGUUCCUGUCCGUGAGAAGAGAAAGACAAGUCGGCAGAUACAAUCUGAUUCUUUCCUUUCAAACCUGUCACAAGCAUUCAAGGAGGUCGAGACAGGGGACACAGAACAGGUUGAUACCAGAUGCAUGAUUAUAUCUAACAACUCGGUGGGUCCUUUAACAAACAACCCAGAGUGUGGAUAUUUAAUAGUAGAGAGGAAUGUGAUUAUCCUGACCUGGGGUAAAGGGAAUCCAAUUCAUCUUGAACAAGAAAACAUACAGGGUGUAAAUCUGUUGUACGGAGAGGAGGAACUGGUUGGUUUUCAAGCAGAUCAUCAACAAUCAGCAGAUACACUCAGUCUACAGGUUGUGUCAACAAGUUUCUCAGAAUCAGAUGUCUUCCCUACUUGUGACGAGCAGCCUGAAUUAGAGGACUCAUCAGCUGGUACAGAGGACAUCAGUCCAAGGCAUUUAAAAACUGAAGACUCUGUUUCUGAUGAACUAUCAAACAAUUCCAGUCUUAAGAAUCAAAGCUUUGACGAGCAUUUCCAGGUCACAGAGCUGAGCCGCUCUAAAAGCGAUGAGAAACAAGACGAAAAGACUGAGGAAAGAGUAAAUUUGGGACGAAAACGUUCAAGAAAGCGGACCAUCUCUAAGGACAGAAGACAGUCCUUACAUUAUGAGGACACUAUGGCCACCUACCUAUUGAUCCAAUUAUCCAAGAAUUGCGAAAUCUCGGAGGAAGUUUGCAAAUUGAAAGAAGAUAAACCAAUUAAUUUAAGUUCAGAAACACCUGAGUUUCUCCUACGAAUACCUAAUGAGGUUGUAGUGCGGCUUUUCGGGAUGCUCUCAAGAAACCUUUCUUCGGUGUACGGUAGCGCAGAGCUGGUUGAUAUGACCGGAAUAAAGCAGCUGACAAUACAAAGUUUAAUGGCAGGGAAUGGGGAUCUUCAGGUUGCUGCAGUACUGGGGCAGAAGAGUACAUCGUAUGAGGAGGAUUGUACUCUGCCAAGUAUGGAUGAGGAUACCCAGAUACUAGAACCUGAUGAGAUAGCAGCUAUUCUACCCAAUCUGCCUCCUAGAGUUGUGAAUCAUACUUGGAUAAAAGCGUUCUCUACAGACAGGGAUGGGUUUUCUCUGUCAACUUUCUACAGGAAAUUGCAGAAUCUAGAGAACCCUGUUCUUCUUGUAAUUGAGGACGUAGAAGAUCAUGUGUUCGGGUCCCUUUUAUCUGAACCUCCCUUGCAAACAGAUGCAUUUACAGGAACUGGUGAGUCCUGGUUAUUCUCUAUACAAGAUGAUUCUGAGAAUUCAGUUGAAAUCUAUCAUUGGUCAAAGAAAAAUGAAUUGUUUUGCAAGGUAAAGCACACACCCCUCCUCUUUUAUAUUUCUAAUUAA